AUGGCGGAAGCUUGGCAAGUCUUCCAGAGCAUCAGCAAUCCAACGAUCGUCUCCUGGAACGCUUUGAUCCUGGGAUGCGUCGAGAACGAGCAGUGCUCGCUCGCUCUCGAGAUCUUCUCUCAAACGAGGGCUCCAAACUCUGGAACUUUCACAGCUGCUGUCAUGGCUUGCUCGGGCUUGGCCGAGAGAGAAGAAUGGCAGGAGCUGGAUCGUUGUCUCGUCAAGAUCAAGAGCCUGGAACAGGGAAUGGUGAUCCAUUCUAGGAAACAAUCGGCAGGCCUACCGGAGAGCUUGUUUGUGGAGAAUUCUUUGAUCGAUAUGUACUCGAAGUGUGGAUGUUUGCUGGAUGCCCGGAUGGUUUUUGACAGGAUGAAGUUCCACGACGUCGUGUCGUGGAAUUCCCUGCUGCUGGGAUACGUCGAGAAUGGAUUUUGCGUGUUGGCCCUGGAGUUGUUCUCGCGGAUGGAAACUUCGGGCUUGAGACCCGACCCGAGAACGUUUGUAGCAGCACUUAUAGCCUGCGCUCCAGAAGAGAGUACUAUCAGCAAAGAAGAAGAAGAGAACAGUGAAAGAAAAAGAGAUGGACUUACAACCUGCCUGGAGAAGACGAUGGCUCUUCACUCCCAGGCAGCAGCAGCUGGUUUAGUCGAAUCCCAGAUUUUUGUGGCCAACACGCUGGUCGAUCUGUAUGGAAAGUGUGGAAGCUCAGUGGAUGCUCGCAAGGUGUUCGAUAGAAUGGCUCACCACAGCACUGUUUCGUGGAACGCUGUUCUCUUGGGAUACGUCGAGUGUGGAGAGAGCGAGCUAGCUAUGGAAGUGUUCUUGGCGAUGGAAGAAAUCAAAGAUAGAGGAGGAGUAACACCAAACACUAGAACUUAUCUCGCGGCACUGAAAGCAUGUGCGGGGAUCGCAGACAAAGAGGAAGAGCAUGAAAAGAAAAUGAUGGAAGAACACGAAGAAGUUGACGAAGAGUUACGCAAGAACAUCAAGAACGAAGAACUUGACGUAAACUUGGGACGAGGAGGAAGAGCAGCGAAGCUAAAAUCUCUCAAGAGAGCACUCUGGAUCCACCAUCGCUUACCUCGAGGAAGUAGUGAUAUCUUCAUCGAGAACACGCUGAUCGAGCUAUACUCCAACUGUGGCUCCCUCUUGGACGCUCGGAGAGUCUUCGAUUCCAUGCCUCUCCACAACCUCGUCUCCUGGAACGCGAUGGUGGUGGCAUGCGUCGAGAAUGGCGAGCCGGAGAUGGGAAUGGAUCUCCUCGAUUCUAUCCGAGAUCGAGAGCUUCUCCCGGACGCCCAAAUCCUGGUCUCCACGCUCGCGGCCACGACCAGCCUCGAUCUCUCGCUAGAAAAUGGGACGAUCCAAAUGCCCUCUCUGGGCAAAUGCUGCAAGCGCCGGAUCCACGCCCUUGCCUGCCGCUGGGGGCUCGAGACAAAUCAACUCCUGGCCAGCAGCGCGAUCGACCUCUACGCCAAGUCCGGUGGAUCCAUGCCCGCCGCGCAGCACAUCUUCGAUUCCUCGCCAUCGCCCUCCGCCAGGGCCUGCUGGAACGCCCUCCUGGCGGGCUACUCGAUCCACGGCAACUGCGAUCGGGUGCUCGAUCUCUUCGCCCAGAUGCGCAGAGAAGCCACCGAUCCCGACGCGAUCACGCUGCUGGCGAUCCUGGCGGCGUGCAGCCGCGGCGGAAUGCCCGAUCUGGCGAGGAGAAUCCUGGCAGCCAUGCCGGAGAGGCAUGGGAUCUCGCCCAGCGCGCGGCACUACGCCUGUGUGGCGGACGCGCUGGCGAGGGCGGGGCGCGGCGGAGAGGCGGUGGAGGUGGUGGCGGGGAUGCCCGUGGCGGCGGAUGGGGCGUGCUGGAUGGCGGUGCUGGGGUCGUGUCGGCGGUGGAGGAAUGUGGCAGCGGCGGAGAAGGCGUUCCAGGAGCUGCUCAAGAUCGACGAGAGCAAGCCCGCCGCCUAUCUGCUCAUGGCGAACACUUACUGCUACUACUGA